CGGUGGAUCGCUGAGCCACGGACAAGGCUGAGGCCACCCGAUGUUUCACCUCUGACUCCACCAGCGUGGUGAGCUCCCCGGCGCCCUCAUACUUCUGUGGUGGGAGGUCGAGAGCGGCGGCGAACGUCUCGGUGAUGCACUCGCUCAGCUUUGGACUGCACCGGUCGAUGGCGUGAUUUACCUGAGCCUGAGACUCUUGUUCGCGCAGGUGCUCGUUGAGAGCGGGCAUCAGGCGGUUCAUUACCUCUGAGGAGAUCUUCUGGAUCACAUCGCUGAUGGUGUCGGCCAAGAUGGCCUUUGUCUGCGAGUCUGGGGUUCCCGUCACCAGCAGAGUCCACUGAGCUGCAGAGAUUUGGUUGAAGCGUGUUUUCACUGCCUCAUGAAUAGCAUCCACCUUAAGCAAACUUUUAUCCUCCAUCUUGAAUGACUUCGGGGGUUGGAGGCUGGACUGUGGCGUCACAGGUGAGCUGAGUUGUCCAUUCGUUCACCCACUAUAUGCAUUACACACCGUAGAACCAUACACACGGGAGCGCGCGUGCAGCGGUCUGUCAAAUUAUUCCCAGGUACAGCGUCGGCUGUUAACUUUGUACAAAAGGUGACAUCACAAGCCAGCGCCUGACUUCUUGCUGUGGUCGUCCCCGAUCCCUUGACGACGUCACAGCCACCACGACUUGGCUUGUACUUCUCAGCUCUCUUUAGUAUAUAUCCACUUCACACAGUCACUGUGUCCAUCACUUAUAAUUCACUAUUUCAUUGUAGGAGAAUCAAAAUCAGGUUUUUUGUAAUGUUAGAUUUUCCUCGUUCUACAUUUUUGGUAUGUAUUUGUGCACUUAAAAGAUACUCUAUUUUAAUUACAAAACACGUUUCCAAAAUAAACGUAUGGUUACCUUUCGUUUUUGUUUCCACAAAACGUUCGGUAUUUUGUCCCAAGUGAUGAGACCGAUUAUGACAAAACUAAUAACUACACUGUGACUUAGGCUGAGGGACCUUUACUUGGAAAUACUAUGCAGAGAAUUGUAUAACCGCGCCUUUACCUUGAAACCAGCAUACAGGAAGCAUUUAUGGGAGACCGGAGCUGCUUCCGCUCAUAGCGCGGAAGUAUCGCUCAACGAAAUUACUUUUCUCCGACUGAACUCUGCAUAUAACCAGCGUUUAAAUUAGAGGCUGGGCGACGUUUACCAGGACAUAAGCAGACAAUUCUAUAACUGCGCCUUUACCUUGAAAAACAGCAUACAGGAAGCAUUUAUGGGAGACGGGGGCUGCUUCCGCUUGUAGCGCGGAAGUAUCGCUCAACGAAAUUACUUUUCUGACUGAACGCCGCAUGUAACCAGUGUUUAAAUUGGAUGGCUGACGCGUGACGGCCAAAGAUGAGCGUCACGUUGGACAUACGGCUGAAAAGAGCGAACAAAGUUUACCAUGAGGGAGUAAGAGUCUGUGGCCGGUGUCAUUGUUCUGUCCUGCAAGGAGACCGUGCAGCAUCACGGCAUUUCUCUGAGCAUGGAAGGCCUGGUCAACCUGCAACUGAGCUCGAAAAGUGUGGGUGUCAUAGAGGCUUUCUACAAGUCUGUCAAGCCUAUUCUGCUGAUCAGCUGUAACAUUGAGGUGGCCAAGGCGGGCAAGAUCCCAGGAGGCAAGACAGAGAUCCCCUUCGAGUUCCCUCUGACCACCAAAGGCAACAAAACCUUGUACGAAACCUACCACGGAGUCUUUGUUAACAUCCAGUACACUCUACGCUGUGACUUGAAGCGCUCUCUGCUGGCCAAAGACCUGAGCAGGAAUUGUGAGUUCAUUGUGCACUGUCAGCCACAGAUAGCCAAGGUUUUAGCCACCCCGAUCAACUUCACCAUCACUCCAGACACCCUGCAGAACAUCCGUGAGCGGAGUUUACUGCCCAAGUUCCUCAUCCGAGGCCACCUGGACUCCACCACCUGUGUCAUAAGCCAGCCACUGACCGGCGAGGUAGUGGUGGAGAGCUCCGACGUUCCCAUCAAGAGCAUCGAGCUACAGCUUGUUCGAGUGGAGACCUGCGGCUGUGCUGAAGGCUACGCUCGAGACGCCACCGAAAUCCAGAACAUCCAGAUAGCCGAAGGCGAUGUGUGCCGCGGACUGCCAAUUCCCAUCUACAUGGUGUUUCCCAGGUUGUUCACCUGUCCCACCCUGGAGACCACCAACUUUAAAAUCGAGUUUGAAAUCAACAUUGUCAUCAUACUUCACGACGACCAUCUAAUCACAGAGAACUUCCCUCUGAAGCUGUGCAGAGUCUGAGUGUGCAGAGGUUUCCUCUCUGACAAAUAACAUCAUUUGUUAUUGAUGUAAUUUUUUAGCAACAGUGACUUAGUUUUGCUUGUUUGUCACUCUUACUCCGCUUUCAAUGACCUAGCCACGCUCCUAGCCGCAUCUUCAUUACCUUAGCUCAUUCUGCUUC